UCACUCGCACAUGUAGAGGCGGAUAUCAGCAGGCACUGUUAGCAAGCACGAGGGAACGACGAAAUAUCCUUUUCCUUCAUGCAGUGAACAUCAUUGUCCUCUUGUGUUUCUCUGCAAAAAAACCUGGUCCAUUGUCAGUUCUCACAAGCUUUAAUCUUUUCACCUGUGAAGCAUUAUUCCUAAGGAUCAGUAGACGUCAACGUUUGUUGAGUGGGGAACUAGUUUGAGAGCUUUCACUUAGACUUUGGAAUACGUAGUCUCGCCWCUGCCUAAACGUCACUUCACUUGUUGUCAAUGCGUCAGAGAACGUUGCAUAGUCUUACUAGUAUAGUUCAGGGAGUGAAUUGCAUUCCAAAUUAACUUUGAUAAGGCAGUUACCAAGUGAGCAAUGAUUCUAGAAGGCAUUGCCAUUUUGAUAGUGGCUUUAACAGCCCUUGUGCUAUCCACCAUAGCAAAGCACCGUUCAGAAGAUAAACGCCUGCCACCAGGACCCGUCCCCCUCCCACUGGUAGGRAAUUUGUUCAACAUGGGUCCUCAGCCACACCUAGGUCUCACGACACUCGCAAAGACAUACGGAGAAAUAUUCCGUCUCACAGUCGGCAUUCAUCGGAUUGUUGUCGUAAGUAGCAUCGAUGCCGCUCGGGAAGCACUCGUGAAACGAUCGAAUGACUUCGCAGGUCGUCCGUUGCUGUAUACUGGCAGUGUCAUAACACGAAAAGGUAGCAGCAUAUCCUUUGGUGAUUUUAACGCAACGUGGAAAAGACAGCGUAAAAUCGCUCAUUCCGCUCUCAAGAUGUUUGGUAGUGGAAUUCAAACACUCGAGCACAAGGUUUCGUCUGAGAUCCACGAGUUACUCAAUAGAAUUAAUGCUAAAACAGACACGUUGUUCGAUCCAACCCAUGAUGUUCAACUUGCAGUUGUCAACAUCGUUUGUUCGAUUGUGUUUGGCUCGCAUUAUGACAUCAAUGAUCCUGAGUUUCAUCGAGUUGUGCAAUACACAGAUCAGUUUGCGAGGGGUUUUCGUGCUGGAAAUCUUGUUGAUUACUUUCCCUGGAUGCGGUUUUUUCCCAAUAAAGGUAUGGAACUCGUCAAACAAGCUGUACAAGAAAGAGACGCCAUCUUGGAACGUAAAUACCAUGAACACUGUGAAACAUAUCAGGAUCACGUAACAAGGGACCUGACCGACGCCCUCAUCAAGGCAACAAAAGCCGAACAUGAAGAUGAUACUAAUUCAGCCUCACCACUCCCUCUGACGGAGGAUAAUGUAAUUGGUACUAUGAGUGACAUCUUUAGCGCUGGUAUUGAGACCAUGUCUACAACUGUCCUUUGGGCCAUUAUUUAUAUGGUACGAAAUCCAAAGGUGCAAAAGAAGAUACAGGAAGAGCUGGAUAACGUGAUUGGGCGAGAGCGCAUGCCCGGACUGAAGGAUCGCGAAAAUCUACCGUACACUGAGGCAGCGUUAGCGGAGGUACUUCGCUAUAGUUCCCCUGUACCUCUUCUCUUCCCACAUUCAACAACUGUGGAUACUUAUCUUAAAGGAUACUUUAUACCCAAGGGCACUGUGGUGCUUGUCAACGCGUGGGCSAUCCACAAUGACCCCACAAAAUGGUCCCAUCCGGAACAGUUUGAUCCGAAAAGAUUCCUUGACGAAGACGGUAAGCUUAUCCCACCAGCAACGUUAAGUUAURUGCCCUUUUCGGCAGGUAGACGUGUGUGUUUGGCUGAAACACUCGCAAAGAUUCAACUUUUCUGUUUUGUAUCUCGGCUACUUYACAAMUUUACGUUCAAAGUUCCUGAAAAUUCACCACUUCCUGAAAAAGAUGGAAUCUUUGGUGCUAGCCUUGUGCCAAAACCAUUUAAGAUAGUGGCUGAAAUGAGAAAUUAAAGUGAGUUUUUCUCCUCUCUUAGUUUUACAUGUAUGUAGUUAAUGCAGUUUAAUAAACUUUAAUUAAUUAUA